UCCACCUCCUAUAUAAAUCCCAGUGUUUUGUUACUCCAUUGAUUGCCACCCUAAAAAUCAUGGUCUCCCUCACUCUCCAACCUGCCUAGACCACAUUUCCAUUCCAAAAACAAUUCCGGAAAUGCUGUUAUCAAUAUUCCUUGCUCUGUUUCUACCAUGCGCCGGAAUGACCGUCAUUUUCCUCAUCUACAUCUGCUUGCUUUGCUACUCUGCGCGAGGAAGCAGCCACGUGCACCAUUUCCGCGCGCCGGUAAAGCCCUCCCAAAACACAGGCCUCUCCGCCUCCGAUCUCCAGAAACUCCCCAAGGUGACCGGCAAAGAUCUGGUCAUGGACACCGACUGCGCCAUCUGCUUAGACGAAAUCGAGCCCGAGCAUCCCGCCAGGAUGGUCCCCGCUUGCAACCACGGCUUCCAUCUAGAAUGCGCCGACGCGUGGCUCUCUAAAAACUCCGUUUGCCCUGUCUGCAGAGCUAAGCUCGGCCCUCACCUCUUCAAUCCCGAUCAAAUCAGCCCCUGCUGAAUCAAUCGAUUCAUUCGUUUUCCGAUUUUGUACCAAUUUUUGAUCGAGUGGAAUAGAAUUGCUAUUAACAAGUUA